GGUGGAUAUGAAUUGUUUCCUUAUCCAUUUCAAAGUACUUAAGAAGGAACGAAAAAGGAAGCUCCAGCGUUUCAGAACGCAGUUAGCCUCCAUCCAAAAUUUAUAAUGGCCAAAGCUAUAACGGGCUUUACCAUCACAAAACCGCACAUGCUUAGCUCUCUGCAGAAAACAAAAUUGGACCUCAAACCAUGUUCAGGAGGGCUUUGGCAAUGUUCAAGCGACGGGCUUCUUAGUGGGUGGCUGCAGCAUAAACGCAGCAAUAAGAAAAGAGCUUCCUUGAGUAAAGUGAAUGCCUUCCCAGAUUGGCCUCUUAUGGCAGUUAUGGUGGAGCAUAUAGAAGGUCAAAGAGACCUUAUAACUCACAAAUCUAUAUGGCAUCUCAGUGAUCGAGCCAUAAAAAACGUCUAUGUAUUUUACCUUAUGUUCACUUGCUGGGGAUGUUUAUUCUUCGGUUCAAUGAAAGACCCAUAUUAUGACUCAGAGGCGUAUAGAAAAGAUGGAGGGGAUGGCAGUGGACAUUGGGUAUAUGACAAGCAAGACGAUAUUGAAGAAUCUGCAAGAGCAGAGCUGUGGCGCGAGGAGUUGAUUGAGGAGAUUGAGCAGAAGGUUGGAGGUCUGCGGGAACUGGAAGAAGCUGGCCGAAAGUAGGAGUUUAAUGGAGAAACCAUCGACCUAUCCUUGUGUUUUACUCUAAUUCUCAGUCACGUCCUUGUAAAAAUUCAAUAAAUCAUAACACCACAUUAUGUGUUUAUGGUUUUUAUUAUUUUUUAUGUUUUGUUACUUGCAAUUAACGAUGAAAAAGAAUGUUGUUUCACUAUUAUUGCCGUUGCUAAUAUUAUUAUGUAGUUACAAAGUA